AUGACUCUCGACAAUUUCUACCACAACAAGAUCGAAUCCCUCAAGCUUGAGAUCAUUCAAGGUCAAGCAGUGCUUCGCCGCUUAGAGGCUCAACGAAAUGACUACAACUCAAGGGUACGGCUACUGCGAGAAGAGCUGGGCCUUCUACAGCAACCUGGCUCCUAUGUGGGUGAAGUUGUCAAGGUGAUGGGUACGAAGAAAGUGCUUGUCAAAGUACACCCGGAAGGGAAAUACGUUGUUGAUGUCGCCGAUAGUGUCGAUGUUUCCAAGCUCGCAGUCGGAAAACGAGUCUCCCUCCUUUCCGACUCCUACAAACUUGAGAAGAUGCUGCCCUCCUCCGUCGAUCCUUUGGUAUCUCUUAUGAUGGUCGAAAAAGUGCCGGACAGCACCUAUGAUAUGAUCGGCGGUCUCGAUCAACAAAUCAAGGAAAUCAAAGAGGUUAUAGAACUGGGUCUGAAUCAUCCCGAACUCUUCGAAUCAUUAGGCAUUGCCCAACCGAAAGGUGUUCUCUUGUACGGACCUCCGGGAACCGGAAAGACACUGCUGGCACGUGCCGUGGCACAUCACUCCAACUGCAAAUUCAUCAGAGUAUCUGGAUCAGAGUUGGUACAAAAGUAUAUUGGUGAAGGCAGUCGAAUGGUCCGAGAGCUUUUCGUCAUGGCAAGAGAGCAAGCUCCCAGUAUCAUCUUCAUGGACGAAAUCGACAGUAUAGGAUCGAGCCGUGUUGAAGGAAGCAGUGGAGGUGAUUCUGAAGUACAGCGGACCAUGCUGGAAUUACUCAAUCAGUUGGAUGGGUUCGAGCCUACCAAGAACAUCAAGGUCGUCAUGGCCACCAAUCGACUUGAUAUUCUUGAUCCAGCGCUUCUGAGACCAGGUCGCAUCGACAGAAAGAUCGAGUUUCCCCCACCGACAGUCGAAGCUAGGGCCGAUAUUCUGAGGAUUCAUUCACGAAGCAUGAAUUUGACAAGAGGUAUCAACUUGAAAAAGGUCGCCGAGAAGAUGAACGGCUGUAGUGGUGCCGAGCUCAAAGGUGUAUGCACAGAAGCCGGCAUGUUCGCUUUGAGAGAACGAAGAAUCCACGUCACUCAGGAAGAUUUCGAUCUUGCGACAGCCAAAGUGCUCAACAAGCAUGAUGACAAGGAAGUUUCGUUGGGUAAACUGUGGAAGUAG